CCAUCUUCGUCAAAACAUAACCCAGUCAAAAGCACGUCGUUGCGUUCUGUGCUUCAAUAUUUCAAAAUAAACGCUUGACAAACACAAAAUCAUUGCACAAAAUGGUUGUAACGAAAAAAGGUUUAAGUGACGGAAGUUCUGACAGUGAUAACGUAGCUGACAACGACGCAAUUCCUUCUGAUUCAGACUCAGAUUUCGAUUCUGAUGAUGAUUCAAGUAGUGAUGAAGACACUGGCCCUCAAGACCUUACAGCUGCCAGUGCAAACGAAUCAGAUCACAGAAGUGAUGAUGAACACGUUGAAGAGGAAGAAGAAGAUGAAGUUAUCAAGGCAAUACGUCGUGAAAAUACAAAAGAAAGAGACCAUCCACCAAUUAUCAAAAGUGAAGAUCACAUUGUAGACAUAUCUUUUCAUCCUCAUGAAAAUAUACUUGGUGUAGCAUCUAUAACAGGGGAUGUUUUUUUGUAUAAAUAUACAAAUGAUGAGAAUACACUUGCACAAACACUGGAAGUGCAUACAAAAGCAUGCAGAGAUAUUGAAUUCAGUGAGGAUGGUAACAUUUUGUUUUCAACUUCAAAAGACAAAAGCAUUAUGUUAUCCAAUGUGGAAACAGGGGGUUUAAUAAGAUUUUAUGAGAAGGCACAUGAUGAGGCUGUGUACUGUCUGAGUGUCUUGGAUGAGAAUCUUUUUACUACAGGUGAUGACAAUGGCGUUGUUAAAUUAUGGGAUCUUCGAGAGAAUAAAGACACACCAGUUUUUCGGUUCAAGAAAAAUGAAGAUUACAUCAGUGAUAUUAUCUCAGGAGAUGAUAAAAAAUAUUUGAUUUGUUCAUGUGGAGAUGGCUCUUUGACAACAUAUGACUUACAACAAAGAAAAUUCCUAAUGCAAUCAGAAGAAAACGAUGACGAAUUUACAUGUCUUGGACUGUUCCGACGCGACACAAAAUUGUUGGCUGGUUCAACAAAAGGACGACUAUACUUAUACAACUGGAACGAGUUCGGCUUGCACAGUGAUAUCUUUCCCGGGCCGAAAACCGCAGUAAAUGCAAUGAUUCCAAUAACAGAGAACAUAGUAGUCACCGCUUGUGAGGAUGGAAUCCUACGAGCGACACAUUUGUUCCCGCAUCGGCAUUUAGGGGUAGUUGGUCAACACGAUUUAUCAGCUGAACGUGUUGAUAUUUGUAACAAUGGUCAAUUUAUCGCAUCGUGCAGUGAUGAUAAUGAUAUUAAAUUUUGGAACAUUCAAUACUUUGAAGACUUUGAAAAAAUGUCGGAGAAACAUAACAAGAAUAACAAGAAACGCGAAAUGGAGUUCAACCUACCCUCAUCAAAGCGUCAAAAUGUCGCAGAUUUCUUCAGCGAUUUAUAGAUAUUUAUAUGCCAUGUAAAUAAUUAUUAUUUUGUAUGCUGUUCAAUAGAAGGCGUUGAAUAAAGUUGGUUAUUAUUCUGA